GGUAGAGCGGCGGGAGGGGGGCGGCGGGAGCGGCGGCGGCGGCGGGGACCGAGCGGGGCCCCCAUGGAGCUGCUUCGGAAAUGGCUCGGCCACCCCGAGGACAUCUACAACCUGCUGCGGUUCAAGAUGGGCGGCUACCGCGUCGUCAUGCCGCGGAUCGACCCGGACUCGCUGGGAUGUGGCCUCCGCACCUGCUACCGGUACCUCAACCAGACCAGCCGUAGCUUCGCCGCCGUCAUCCAGGCUCUGGAUGGAGAGCUGCGACAUGCUGUCUGUAUAUUCUACCUGGUGCUCCGUGCCCUGGACACUGUAGAGGAUGACAUGAGCAUCCCCUUGGAUGUGAAGGUCCCAAUGCUGCAGGAGUUCCACUCCUACCUCUACCAGCCAGAGUGGAAAUACAUGGAGAGCAAGGAGAAGGACCGGCAGGUGCUGGAAGAUUUCCCAACGAUCUCCAUGGAGUUCAGGAACCUGUCAAAAGUCUACCAGGAUGUGAUUUCGGACAUUUGCCACAAAAUGGGUGUUGGAAUGGCAGAGUUCUUGGAGAAAAAAGUAGACUCUCAGCAUGAAUGGGAUAAGUAUUGUCACUACGUUGCUGGGCUGGUGGGGAUCGGCCUUUCCCGUCUCUUCUCUGCAUCAGAGCUGGAAGAUCCUAUUGUGGGGCAGGACACGGAGCUGGCAAACUCCAUGGGCCUCUUCCUGCAGAAAACCAACAUCAUCCGUGACUACCUGGAGGACCAGAUGGAAGGAAGGGAGUUCUGGCCCAGAGAGGUUUGGAGCAGAUACGCACAGAAGCUCUCGGACCUCGCCAAGCCGGAGAACAUCGAGAUGGCCGUGCAGUGUCUGAACGAGCUCAUCACCAACGCCCUCCACCACGUCCCCGACGUCCUCACCUACUUGUCCCGCCUGAAAAACCAAAGUGUCUUCAACUUCUGUGCCAUCCCCCAGGUGAUGGCCAUUGCCACGCUGGCUGCCUGCUACAACAACAAGCAGGUGUUCAGGGGCGUGGUGAAGAUCCGGAAGGGACAAGCCGUCACCCUCAUGAUGGAUGCCACCAACAUACAAGCUGUCAAAGCCAUCAUGUACCAGUAUGUGGAAGAGAUCUACCAGAAGAUCCCAAGCACUGACCCCUCCUCCAACAAGACGCAGCAGGUCAUCGCCUCCAUCCGCGCCAUGAGCCUGCCCGGCAGCUCCAUGGCAUCCCGGCACCACUACUCCCCCAUCUACCUGUCCUGUGCCAUGCUCCUGGCAGCCCUGAGCUGGCAGUACCUCAGCACCCUCUCCAAGGCCACCGAGGAGAUGAUUUGAAAUAGAAACUCCAGUUGCUUGUUUUCUUCCUUGAGAUUUGAGGCAUCUUUUCCAGCUCAGAGCUGAGCAAAACCCCGAAGGUUUUGCCUCCCUUUCUUAGGCAGCCUCUUCCCCAUUGCCUCCUGUGCCUGGCCCGUUCUGGAAGGACACUGCUUCAGCUGGGAGAGGAACAUGCUUUCUUAUCCAGGGAAAAAGCUCUGGCCACCUUCUGGCCCCCAGCCCAGGCUGGUUUACAUCCUGCAGCCUGGAAACAGGCAGAGGCAGUAGUGCUAUUUCUGUUGUGCUGAAGGAUGCUGAAGGAAGCCUUUUUAAUGUUAAAGAAAUAGAAGGUGAGAUGCUCUGUUCACUAAAAUGUGCCCCCGGCUGAAAGGCAGCUGUGCAGUUCCCUGCCCUGUGACAGAUGAUCACUGCACUGGCAAAGCCCUUGUUUUAGUAGUGGGGAGGGGGUUAAAAUGAGGAGGAUGAUGCCAGCAUGGCCCUGAGCUCAUAACCCCAGGCCUGACUCCUCUGCUGGGUCUGGGCUCAGCCCAAGGGGAUGGGUGGUGGUGGCACAGCAAGGCAGGGGAGUGAGGGUUUGCACCCUGCUGUCCCUCGUGGGAUGUUUUUUGGGGAGGCACUGGCCACCCUGAAAGGCAGCAGCAAUGCCUGCCAUGGGCUGGGAAGACUGGAGCCCCUGAGGGGGCGACCAGGGCAGGUUUCCCUGGCCUGCUUGGCUCCAGCUUUGGAAUGGUGCUUUGGGUUACACUGAUGUGAGAGCUGGAAGAGGCUGGUCUGAAACACAUCAGACACAUUUGGACUUAGAAGAGGAAAAAAAACACUUUAAAGGCAAGUCCUGUUAUCCUGGGGUGGAUGGUUGUUGUCAAGGUCCCUACCCACCCCCAUCAAAUGCUGCUUUGCUGUUGUGAAGGGAAGGAGGGCCCAUGUCCUGGAACAGGACAGAGCUGCCAGGGACAGUUUGGUGGCCUUUGCAAGGCCCAUCCCCUGUGGCCAGGCUGUUCAAAAGGAGAACCCCAACUCCACAGGUACCAAUGUAGAUAAGUUUUAAGUUGUCAUUCUGAAGAAACUUGCGGUAGCUCUCUUUGUGCAGCUUCCAGUCUUGUUGAGAUUAAAGUUUUCUUUGGGAAAAAAAAAAA